ACUCUGCCUCCUUCCGUGGGAGGCUGCUCCCUCUCUCUCUCUCUCUCCCCCCUCCGUCAGUGUCUCUCGCCCGCCUCCUCCGCUCUCCCUCCCGCCUGCUUUCUUUGCACAGAAGCCAGCCGAGGUCCCACCGGGUCGAAGGUUCUGCCCUACCUGCGCCGACCUCUGCCAAUUUCCCCCCCUCCCUCCCACUCCCCCGUCCCGGACCGCCGAGUUCUCGGCUGCCGCAUGGACCCUCGCCUCGCCGCCGCGUAGAGAGCGACCCCCCCCGACCUGGCUUGACACGACGAAGACUGCAGAGUGCUGGGUCGGCCGCUGCUUCCGAGGGCGACGUUCCCCGGCUUUUCUAAGCCGGCCCGAAGGAUGUGCGCUGUACGGACCGCUGCUGAAUCCCGGUGAACGCACGGCGUCUCAUGUCACAAACGGCGGAAGGAUGGCUCAUGGCAAAGUGACCAUCACGGUGGAUGAGUACAGCUCCAACCCGACACAGGCCUUUACGCAUUACAACAUCAACCAGAGCCGCUUCCAACCUCCACAUGUCCACAUGGUGGACCCGAUCCCCUACGACACUCCCAAGCCAUCCGGCCACACCAGAUUCGUGUGCGUAUCGGACACGCACUCGCGUACAGACGGCAUCCAGAUGCCCUACGGGGAUGUGCUGCUCCACAUGGGGGACUUCACUGAGCUGGGCCUGCCCUCUGAGGUUAAGAAGUUCAACGACUGGCUAGGUGGCCUCCCUUAUGAAUUCAAGGUGGUGAUCGCCGGGAACCACGAGCUGACCUUCGACAAGGACUUUAUGGCCGAGCUGGUCAAGCAGGAUUACUACCGAUUCCCCUCGGUCUCCAAACUCAAACCGGAGGACUUUGAUAACGUCCAGACGCUCCUCACAAACUGUGUCUACCUGCAAGACUCGGAUGUCACCAUAAAGGGAUUCCGGAUAUACGGCACGCCAUGGACUCCGUGGUUUAACGGCUGGGGCUUCAACCUGCCCCGGGGUCAGUCUCUGCUGGACAAAUGGAACCUGGUCCCGGAGGGCGUGGACAUCCUGAUGACCCACGGUCCUCCGCUGGGUUUCAGAGACUGGGUCCCUAAAGAGCUGCAGAGGGUUGGCUGUGUGGAGCUGCUCAACACGGUGCAGAAGAGGGUGCGACCCAAACUCCAUGCAUUUGGAGGAAUACAUGAAGGCUACGGCAUCAUGACGGACGGUUAUACCACCUUCGUCAACGCCUCCACCUGCACCGUCAGCUUCCAGCCCACCAACCCCCCCAUCGUGUUCGACCUGCCCAACCCCUCCAGCUCCUGAGACCAGAAGACGUGGAGGCGGGGGACGAAUAUUUGGGACGAACUUCAUUUUUUUGGUCUCCAAAAAUGUCCACGGAGGGGGAAAAAAACAGGAUAAAAAAGACAAUGUUUUUUUGUUGAGUUUUUGAGUGUUGAGAACAUUUGGAGACGUGGACUCGGGGUGACGCACUAAAGGAGAAUAUCGGUUUGUUUUUGUUCGCUUCCUUUUGCUGCACACAAUCAUGUUUUUUUUAUUUCAACUUUACGUAAAAUAAAUGUUUCAUCUCAGAAUCAAGCUGUUAAAAAUCCCUCAGAACACUUUUUAUUGGUACAACUCAAUCAUGUAGGAAGUAGAAUUGUAACAAAAAGUAAGAUGUUUGUUGGUGUCAUGAACCAGAAGACUACGUACUAUAGGGGCGUGAAUCUUUGGCCACAUACUGUAACGAAUCCAUCCGACUCCCAUUCCUGGGAUGGCAAUUUGAUUCGGAAUCAGUUCUUGAUUCAACACGAUUCUCCAUUCAAACCGAUUCUUGUAAUGUAUUAUUUGGUAUGACAAUUAUGAUGAAACUUUUUUCAAAACAGGUUACAGGUUGGAAAAGCUCCUUCUGGUAGCUUGGACCUUCUAAAAAUUAGUUCUUAUAAAAAAUUAAAAUAUAAAUAAUAAUAAUAAAUAAAUAAAUAAAAUAUAUAUAUAAAUGUGUAUAUGCAUGUGUGUUUGUAUGCAUAUAUGUGUGUGUGUGUGUGU